GUCGUCAGCCCCGUGAAAAAGGGGUCGAGGCCUGCGAGCAGCUUAAAAGCUCGGUCACAAUAGGUUGCCUGCAAAGCUCUGGUUCCAGGGGGUCGGAGGCGGAGGAGGGUGGCGUCGUCGGCGGUGGCGGAGGAAGUGGCACGAGCAUGUGCUGCGUCCUUCAAGGUGCCGAGAGGGUGUUCCCCUCGAACGGGGGGAAGCACGGGGCGGGCACGGGCGGCAACAGGGGUGCGGGCACCUCGGUUGGUACCCAGGACCUACCCCUCGAGUCACUCUGGGCGGCUGGUCUCGACGAGGGUAUGGGAUUCCCUCAGAGAUGUUCCUAUGCCAAUCAUCACUCCACUCUCGCGAAUACUGCCAUAAGCCACGCGUCCACCAACCCCGAGGAUCUCUGGAAGGAGAGGAAUCUCUCUUACAGAACACCGACAACUUCCACCGGGAUCGACUCGUCGAUCACGGACGAGAUAUGGACAUCCGCGAACGAGGCGAAGUUUUUUCGCACCUCGACCACGUCGACCGGUAUCGGAUCGUCGUUGAACCUGCACGAGAACAAUCGCUCGCUGGAGUCACGUGACGGCGACUUCUACUCCACGGACAUCGAGGACUCCAAGGACACCUAUCGAAGAGUCUUUCCCAACACACCGACCACUUCGGGCCUUGGCUCCUCGUCGGAUCGGCAAUCCGUGGAAACACAACGGGGAUCGAAGGAUCUGCCGGAUCAUCUGUGGGCAGCGGCCAUGGAGGAUGGUUUCUCGAGGUUCAACGCCAUGAAGUCGCUGCAGACGAUCACUCGACAGCCACGGCCGAACCACGACUGGGUGAAGACCGAGAGGAUCUCGAGGUUCACGAAGCAUCGGACCAUCAGCCAGUCGCCGCACAGAGAGGAAGAGAUAUGGACGUCGAAGGUGAACGAGAACAACGUGUCCGGCUAUGGGACCGAGAGGAUCAACGGGCCGCACAAGUGUCACCAUCAGACGAGGCGAAGCUUCUCCACGUCGAUCGUGGCCGAUUUGGCCGUCACACCCGACGGGUCGCAGCAGAGCCUCGGCAGCGGCGAGUUUCUGAAAUUGCUCCGAACUGUUAAGUGCGAAGCAAUUUUCGCCUGCUGCGUGUCCGAGACAAUUGUCACGGACGAAGGCCAGGCCUGGGAGCGUUCGUUUCAACCGUGCGAAGGACGAAGAUUUUAA